CCCAGCAUUCCACACCAUUUAGCUACAGCAGCUUUUCCACUCAGGACUAUUUCCUCACCUGACAUUCCCACUCCCUCUCAGGGAAGCUCAGUUCAAGUUCACUCUGCUGAUAGUUUUCAACACACCAAAGGACUGCGUACUGGAAACAUGUUUGCAUCAGCUGUGAAUCUCAUUGCUUUGGUAUGUGUGUGCUCUCUCCAUCCUGCUUUUGGACAGGACUGUCCAAACAGGCAGGAAAUCCAAGUUACGCUGAAGCAGGUGCAGAAGCUUUUGUCGGCCCAUGAAGCCUCCUGUUUGCAAAGUCUGCGCAACCUGAGGAAGAAAAUAAAUUUACUUCAGAGCAGUACAGGGAAGCAGACAGCAAAAUCUACAAACAGUAAGCUAAAAUGUACUUGUCCAAAACUCGAUGAACCCAUUAAUGGGAGGAAACUUGGCAAAUCCCACAGUGUCGGCCAUGAGGUCCACUUUCUGUGUGACCCCGGGUAUGAAAUUGUGGGAUCAGAAAGCAGAGUUUGUCAAGAAAGCCUCACCUGGACUGGCCAGCAGCCGACAUGUCGAGACUUCAAUGAGUGCGCAUCGUCUCCCUGCCUGAACGGUGGGACGUGUGUGGAUGAGAUGAACCAGUUUUCCUGUGUCUGUGCCAAAGGCUGGGUUGGAGAGACCUGUCAAAGCCCUGUGCCAACAUUCUUCAUCACCACAACAAAUACUUCUGCUGGCUCCACUUUGGGUGCUUCCACCUUACCAGCUGCCACAACCGGGGCGUACGUUCGUCCGUCACGCUGCACUAUAGUGCAGGGGACCACCCACUGCACCUGUGAGCCAGGAUACACCAUCUCUGGUAGAGACAGCUACAGCUGCACAGAUAUAGAUGAAUGUGAGCUCUUCCAUAAUGGACCAGCAGGAAAACUGUGUUUACAUAAGUGUGUUAACACCCCUGGAGGCUAUCGCUGCUCCUGUCCUGCUGGGUAUAAUGUGACUCGUGACGGACGCAGCUGUAAAGAUAUUGAUGAGUGCGCUACCAGGCAGAACAACUGCACAAACGACCAGAUGUGUGUUAACACAUACGGUGGCUUCCAGUGUGUUCGGGUGGACUGCCCCAAAAUCCCUCAUGCAACAUAUGUCAAAACAUCACCCAUGCGUUGUGAACGUAACCCCUGCCCUUUGGACAACAAAGCCUGUUCUCAGACCCCAACCUCCUUUUCCUACCAUUACCUCGCUGUUGUGUCCAACCUGUCCGCCCCACGCGUCAUGUUCCGGGUCUCAGCCCUGCGCCAAUUGGGCGACACGCUUCGCUUCACCUUACUCGGGGGGCGGCAAGCACGCCGCCACUUCACAGUUCAGCGCUCAGACCGUCAGACGGGUCAGCUGAUGCUGGUGAACCCCGUCCAGGGCCCCGCCGCUCUGGAGGCGGAGGUGGAGAUGAGCGAGCUGGAGAGACGGGUCCAGCUGGGAAGGUACAUCACCAAAAUUACCAUGUUUGUUUCCCAGUAUGAAUUCUAAAAAAAAAAAAAAAAAAAGGGAAAUAAAUAUUUUACAAAGAUUGAGAAGAUUGUAAGUUAAACAGAAAACCAGCAUUCACAUGACGCCAUGCAAGACAUAAUUAAACUGUCUGUCCUGAAUAAAACUACCAAGCAUGCUGUGACGAUACGGGUGAUGAGUGAACGUUACAUAACUAUUAUUUUGCUGCUUUGUAUUCUGGUUUUAAAACUUGUGUGAUAGGACUUCAUAUUUGUGCCUGGGUGGAAUUAUUAAAUAUCACGUAAACAAUUUAAAGUCUUGCAUUUGUAAAACUUCUUCUUCAAAAAAAAAAAAGAAAAACAUGUUUGUUGAAAUCUGUAAAUACACUGAAAAUAAAGUGAAACAUGCUGCAAAAACCAAGGAAUGCAUUGGAAACCUGAUAAAUGUGAGCUGUGGUGGUUAAAAACCAGGAAGUCCGACAGGACAGAGCGAACACUGUUUGGAGAAUUUGAAAUUAAGCUGCUGAAAAGGGCUUCUGUGAUUAAAGUGCAAGUAUAAAUUUAACUUUAGAAAAUGCAAAACAAGUCAAUGUUCCACGCACCCCAGAUGCUUGAUCUGUGUGAUUGUUUUCCUGUCUUAUUUAGUGGAAGAUCAAGUGCCUUCCAAAAGUAUCCAUAAAGCUUUAACUUUGUCACAUAACGGCCACAAACUUCAAUUUAGAAUGUUAGUUAUUAAAUCUGACAGGGAAGCCACAUAAUGCAGUGAUAAAGUGUUGCAUGAACACAGUACAGAAUCUGAAAGAAGUUCUCGUGAUCGACAGGUGUGUUGGUUUUCAUUUGUGUUUAUGUGUUGAUGAUAAUUUCCUUAUUGCUAUGUUCAUAAAGUUUUUGCCAUAUUACAGUUAAUUUCUUUGUGGGCACUAGAAUGAUGUUGCUGUAUUAGGUCAUUCUUUUGUAUUUUCUUAGUCUAGCCAUGUAUUCUGUUCUUUGUGCAUUGGAUUUUGUUCUCUUAUAACAAUACUUUGAUUCUUUCCCUUCUUGAUUUGCAGUUUCUUUGAGUUUAACUCUCUUGUGUUUAUUAGUCUCUCCCUCAGUUUAACCUGCAUGCAUUCUGCCCCAGCUGGUCCUCUUUGUCUCGGAUUAUUUCAUCUGGUUCUGUUAUUCUCCUUAGUGUAUGAGGUCACUGGUUCUCACUGUUCAUCUAUGGGUUGUUCUGUUCACUAUGCAUUUCCUGGACCUGAUCUCCCAGUGUUAUUUUCUGUAAGUUUUCAUUAUUUUAUUAAAGCAUCCUGUUUUAUCA